AUGUCUGGAAGAGGGAAACAAAACGAGGAAGGAGGAGGAGGAGGAGGCAUCUCCGUCGUCGUUGCUACAAUCGUUGCCAAGUGCGAUUGUUCGACUCACAAGUGGCACCACGUGACAUCCAUGAGAGUGGCUCGUACUUCCCCGGCGGCUCGCGUGCUAGACGGGAAGAUUUACGUGUUGGGAGGCUGCAGGGACCGCAAGGAGGAUUUCUCCGAGUGGGGAGAGGUAUUUGACACAAAGACGCAAACUUGGGAAGCCCUCCCAAAUUAUAAGCCAACGCUUGAGGAGGAUCCGGAUUCACUACCUAUAAUGAGUAUGAUACACGACAGUGUGGUGAUAGAUGACAAGGUUCACGUGGUGGAUUCAUGUAAUACAAGCUUCUACUACUUGCCGAGGCAAGGUAAAUGGGGAAGAGGGAAUCUGGAUUCAGAGCCUACGUUUAAAAGGGAUUGGUGUGUGAUAGAUAAGUUGAUAUUCAGUUGUGGUUUCAACGGUCAUAUAUAUAUAUAUAUUGGUGUGAGCCUGAGGAGUUGGAAUCAUCGGUGUGAUGAAGCGGGGAUGGAUUGGAAAAGGGUGAGGGGUUUGCAGAGUUUCCAGGAGAGGCUUCAUCGUUCAAGAGUGGCUCACUUUAGAGGGGAGAUUGCAUCAUUAAGUUGGGCAUGCCACAAGAUCAAGUACAAUAUCAGCCUAAACCUUGAAGAGUUUCUUCCCGGAGCCAGAUUGACCAACUUUGGUCACAAUCUUGUCGUCUUCUGGGACGUGCACGUGGUUGUUGGUGGUCGUGGUCACAAGAGCUCGGAGAUUUGGUGUGCCGAGAUUUCCUUGGAAAGGCAAAGCGGAGGCCAGGUUUGGGGCAACGUUGAGUGGUCCGAUGUUAUCCUCACAGUUGAUCCUAGCUCUAAGGUCGUGUAUUCUCUCUCUGUUAUCUCAUUCAACAGGUUGUGA